AUUCAUGAAUGUUUUUUUUUCGUUUUUAUUUAUUUUAAUUACAUUUCGUAUUGGUGUAAAAAUAUUGAAAAAUGUGUAAUAAAGAUUUAAUUGAAGAGCGCAUAAUUGCAUUUUUGAAUAAAGAAAUUGGUAGUGAUUUCAAAAAUCUUCAUCGUGCUGCGGUAUUAGUAGACAAUUACAAAACAUCCAUAGAACACUUGAAGAAAAACUUAAAUCAUAAAACCGAAACAGAUGUAACAAGUAUCCAAUCUGCACUGCAUUCUCAACAUAAGGUUAAUGACAGUAUGGGAUUUCAGAAAGAAAAAUUGGCUAAAUUUGACAGUCUGUUAUCCCCAAAAAUUGAAAAAACGAAUGCAGCGCUUACGUACGUGAUUAAAGAUCUGGGGAAAGUACGUCAGCUUCAACAGUUGUCGCAUUAUUUAAAAAUAGUUCAAGAUAUUCAAGAAAUUAGCCAAUGUUUAAAUAAUGCAGUUAACGGAAGAGAUGAAGCGAAAAUGGUAAAUAUCUAUCUGACCCUCUUUGAAGAUAAGGAUUGUGAGAAUAGUGUAAUUGGACGUUUAUCCAAUAUUGAAUCACAUUACCUAAAAUUGUUCGCAAUGGAAACCGCUUCAUAUUGGCAUAAGAUUCUCAGUGAAAAGUUUGUAAGAGAAAUGGAGUCUAUUUUAAAAUCUAUGCGUUGGGGUUGUAAGGAAAAUAAUUCACUAAAUUGUUCAUCAUCUGGUGAGAAUAUUGCAAAAGCCAAGCUGUUAGCUGAAUAUUUGUAUCUAAUCAAAUGCCCUAUUGAAGAGGACGAACCACUGGAAGUCAUAACGCCUAGCAUUAUUUGUCAACCAAUUAGCACUGUUACAAAAUUGUUGCUGGCUCCAUAUCAAAUAAGGUUUCAAUAUCACUUUACUGGUGUACGCCAAACGAAUCGUCUGGACAAACCGGAAUGGUACUUUACGCAAAUAUUAAAUUGGAUCAAGGAGGCCCACAUCUUUGUUGGAAAGACUUUUCAACAAUCAGCAAUUAAAGCCGGUAUACUGGAUUACAAUAUACGCCUGGAAUUCAUUCGUGGCCUUGUGCAAAUGAUAAUAGAAAAACUUACAGUCGAUAUUGAGGCUAUUGGUAGGGAUGAACAAUUAUUUGCUCAUUUACUAGAUGAAACCUUAGCGUUUGAGGCAGAACUUCGGGGAAAUUUCGGAUAUCCCAGUAGUUUUCCAAGUGUAAUAUGCGUAAUAACUCAACCUGUAUACUUAUUGAAAUGGAUUUCGCUUGAAGAGCGUUUUUGUGCAGAAAAAAUGGACCUUAUAUUGCAUGGCGAUGAUCCUUGGACGAUUAUUGAUCCGACCUUUUACGAUAAGGAUUUGAAAAUUCCAAAAUGCGCUGAUCAAUUUAUACGUCUCCUUGAAGCCAUUAAAGAGAGAUAUAGUACACUUAUCCAACCAGGCCAACAAUUACAAUUUCUUUCGCUUCAAUUAGAACUGAUAGAAAAUUUCCGACAACGGCUUGUUCAACUCUUUAGCAGUGGAGAAGUUGGAAUUGAAUCAAUUUUGAACGCUAUUAACUACUUGGCGUUGGUGUUGAACGAAUGGGGCGAACAUGUUCAUUAUUUGCACUUACAUGCUGCGCUAGUAGGACGGAAUUCAAAUGAAAUUCACUCAGUAUUUGAUCAACCAGUGAGUGAACUAGAACAUUGGACAAAGAAACUUGUUGAAAGCUUGGCAACAAAGGCGGUAAAUGAAAUAAAAGCAAAAUCGAUGGCAUAUCGACAUGACUGUUGGGCUAGUAUACCAGAUCAGAAUUGCAAAGAGCCAUUUAUAUUAUCUACUAGUGCAGGAGAAAUGUUCCAGGUAAUGGUGACGACACUUCACAAUAUGGAGCGUGAUCUAUCUUUAAGCAUAUUUAACCUUACACUGCGUCUAGUAGCAAACCUUAUAGACGAAUUUCUCUACUACAGUCUUGUUAUGAAUAACAAGUUUACACCAGCAGGGGCAGCACAAUUUAAUUUCGACAUGACUCGAAAUCUGUUUCCACUAUUUGGACAAUAUUGCCGUCGACCAGAUUUACUCUUUAAGAAAAUUCACGAUUCGAACAAGUUGCUGAACGCCGCUCGUGGUACUGCACUUUUGUUACACGAAGAGCUAAAAACUGAAAAGAAUAUCGAGCAAAAGAUGAACGCUCUUAAAGAGUUGGGUAUUGUUAAUUUCAAGUAUCAAACAUGUAUAAAUAUUCUAGAACGCAGAACCGACUUAAAAGUUUUAUAAUAAAAAAAUUUAAAUCCAGUGCAAAAUUAAAAUCUUGUCUACGAUGGGGGAUAUUGUAAUAAAAUGGAAAGGGAAAGUACUGCGAAUUUCAGCUCUUUUUCUCAUUGCUUCAAUUCUGACACUAUCUUUUUAGUUUUUUUGCCUCAUUCGCCCCUAUUCCCGUUGUCGUUAUCGUUUUAAAACGAAAUAAUAAUGUAUCUGAGAGAUUUAACGAUAUUUUCGGUUAAAAUUUACCCUUAGGCGCUGAGUUCAAUAUGUUCGAUAUCUGGGACCUUGAAAAGUUAUAGUCCUUUUUCGAAAUUUUUUUCACAAGUGAUAUGCACUAUUUGUGUAAAGUUUUAUUCCGCUAUCUUCAUUGGUUCCUUAUGUAUACAUUAUAAAGUGAAGGAAUUAGGUGGAAUUCAAAAUGGAGUUAUAAGGAAAGUUGUAGUGGUUGUGAACCGAUUUCGCCCAUUUUUUAUCCGUGUUAACAGGGUGUCAAGAAAAUAUUAUAUACCGAAUUUCAUUGAAAUCUGUCGAGUAGUUCCUGAGAUAUUGUUUUUGACCCAUAAGUGGGCGAUGCCAUGCCCAUUUUUCAUUUUGUAAAAAAAUGCGAGGAAGCUUCCUUCUGCUAUUUCUUCUGUAAAUUUUAGUGUUUCUGACGUUUUUCGUUAGUGAGUUAACUCAUUUUUAGUAAUUUUCAAUCUAACCUUUGUAUGGGAGGUGGGCGUGGUUAUUAUCCGAUUUCAACUAUUUUCAUGGUGUGUGGUGGGGUACGUAAGAGAACCUACUGCAGAAAGUUUUAUUUAUAUAGCUUCAUAGGUUUGCGAGAUAUAUACAAAUAACGGAUUCCAAAGAAAUUACAUCCACACAUGCCCCUUCCUAGUGCGAUCCUUUAUUCCACAUUUUACCUUUAUAACUUUAUUUAUGGCUUAGUUAUGACACUUUAUAAGAUUUUGGUUUUCGCCAUUUUGUGGGCAUAUCAAUGGACCGAUUUGGCCCAUUUUUGAAAGCAACCUCUUCAGGGUGCCAAGGAAUGCGUGUUCCAAGUUUCGUUAAGAUAUCUUUUUUUUACGGGAUCCUUUUUACGGCCAGAUGCUCAUGCAAUAUCGAAAGUAUGCUGGGAGAAAUGCAUAGGCAUGCCUCUAUCUGAAGGUAUGCUACAUGACGGUCUUGCAUUAUCAGUUUACGUACGGCAUCGAUGUUUUCUGGCACAACGGCUGUUUUUGGACGACCUUCACGGAAUUCGUCUUUGAGCGAGCGUCAGCCACGAUUGAAUUCGUUGUACCAUUUUUUCACAGUGCUAUAGAAUGGUGCUUCAUAGCCAUACAAAGUUCAUCGAUGCACUCUUGUUCACGAGUUAAUUCCAUUUUUUGGCCGACAUGAAUUUUUGAAUUCCCUGUAAAUAAAACAAUUCACGAUUAAAUGACAAAACAUUCUGAGUGAUGUUAUGCUAAAAAAUGUCCAACUUUCCAAUGGAAAUGUCAGAUUGCACCUGGCAACACUUAGUGUUGCCUAGGCCAGAAAUAUAUAUAGCAGCCCUCGUAGUUAAAUCACUGCUCUGCAGCAUAUAUAAAGUUUAAAUAAUUGAACCACGCAUUUUUAAAUAAGUAAAACAUUAAACAUAAGUUGCGUAGCAUUGCCAUGGAAUUAAAGAGGGUGAAGCAGUAAUACUUCAUCUCACUGUCAAUUGAAAGCACGCAAUAAAACCUACGCCAACAAUGGUAAACAUCAAACGCGAAACCAUUGAAUACAUAUUUCAAACCUCAUACGGCGCGUUAAAGGAACUCUCGAAGGGAUGGAAAUAUGCAUUUGGGAGUGCAACAAGCAGGUGAAGAAUUGGAAUGACAUGGUUUAAGUGAUUUUGUAACCGUUUAUCAUCGCGACGUGUGUCAACUGGGUUUUGCCAAUGAGCUAAAGGGGAAAGCAGUUGCAAUAUUUUUAGACUUACCGGCACCUCAGUUAGCCGUACCAUUAGCAGCUAAAACAUAGAAAUCAGAGGAAUCGUAACGUUGUUGUAUCGCUUUAAAAGAAUAUGGAUUCACCGAAAUUAGUUCAAUAGAAAUACUACAGCAAGAGCAUGAUGUUAAGACUAGAACAUUGCCCGUUCUAGAUUUUGAUUCCUGAAGCAUAAGAAACUCUCCUCCCAGAAAUUGGAUGAUUCUAGUACUAGUGAAAUUGAUGAAAGAACAGAUCCUACAAAACUCCCACUGCAGACGGUUCCACAACUCCCACUGUUAACGGUUCUGCAACUCCCACUGCAGCCGGUUCCAUGUUACCGGAGUUGACCCGGAUUUUAUAUGUCCUUUCAUUUCGACGAUCUAACCGUGUAGGAAUCGGUAAGUACUAAAUCUAGUUGUACGUCAUUGAAGCAACGCCUUGCAGCACGGUUGAUCCUCAUCAUCUUACUCCUGGCUGGCAUCGAGUCCAACCCAGGACCUGAGGUAUUUUUCUGCUUCGUAUGCGCUAAGAGGCUCCAUCCAAAUUCCACCUCGGUUAGGUAUAACUCAUGCAAAGGAUGGAGCCAUAUUAAGACCUGUUUAGGCCUUAAGACUCAUAGGGAGUGGACCACACGUUAUCUUACCCCAUGCUGUCAACGCAAUACUGCGACUGUUGCCACUACGCCACCCCCAGGGAGUGGCCAACUUAAGGCCACCAGGAACUUAACUAGGCAGUAUGACUCCCAGUCCAAUCCCCCCAACCUUCAUCCUGCUCCAAUCCCCGUGCGAGGACCUCAAGGCAACUUCUGGUCCCUGGCACAGUCUGUUCCGUGUAUCAGCCCAUAAUACGUCGGAACGUGACCACAGUCAAGUGCAAUUCCUGCACUGGCUGGUGUAAUUUUCCGACGUGCUCCGGCCUGCGCACCUCACGUGAGUGGAGUGUAUCGUACGUUGCCCCAUGCUGUAAUAGGAGUCUGCCCCCGCAACAAACAACAUCGGAGUCGCCAAACAACACCGAAGUGCGACAUUUUCCUUUGCGGGUAACACAGCUGUAACAACCUCCACCUGUCCGCCACUCCCUCACUCCCAGGGUCACGGCAACAACACCACGACACACCCGACUCUUACAAUUCAACUGCAAAGAACUCCAGAUCAAGAUCGAGGAGAUGGUGGAUUUUAUGAGCCGGGAAGGCGUAUCAAUAGCUGCGGUCCAAGAAACCAAUCUAAACAGCCACUCAGAUAUUCUGAGUUGUGCAGGCUUCAACGUUUUACAUGAAGAUCUGAAGUGAUAAAGUGGUGGAGUCUUAGCAUUCAUACUACACAACACCGUGCAAUAUCGGUUUAUCGAAGGUGACAUCGAUAGGGAUGCAAACAUCGUGAAAUGAAACAUCGAUGGCUCGAUGUUUCUUCAAAACCCAUCGAAAUCAAAAACAUCGGAAAAGAAAGCAUUUCUUUUAGCCAUAGCAUCUUUAAAAUGCAGUAAUUUGAAUCUCUGAUCUAAAGCAGUAGCCUACGCCAGAAUUAAAUUGCAUAAAUAAAUCAUAAAAGUAACCGCAGUAUUGUCCAAGCGGACAUUCCCUUAACGAAUUCUACGUAUUUUACAAAAAUCGAAUUCCAAUGUAAUAAAGCGUAUCCAAAUAGAGGGUGUGAGAAGUGUGAAGGGGUGAAGUAAAAUUUUUAUAUAAAACAUCGUUGAAAGUGACAUCGAUGCAUCGACGUUUGUAGAUUCGAGACAUCGAUGGCUAAAAUCGAUGCUUUUUGACGAAAACAUCGUUGUUUCAAACACAUCGAUACAUCGUUUGCAUCCCUAGACAUCGACCGCAGGCACACUAUCCUAGAAUGCCAAGGUAUAGCUGUCCAGUCAGGCGAUGUCGAGGUCGAAAUAUUUAAUACAUGCAUCCCCCAGUUACAAGUUGCCCAACAGGAUAUCACCCGAAUAUUAGUGCGCUACUUCGUGGUGAAAACCGAUCGAUGCUAGGCGACUUUAACACGCACCACGAUCUUUGGCAUUCUUGUCUGUCAAGUGAUCGGAGAAAGAUAGAGCUGGCAGAACAGAUAGACGAUUCGACAUUCUGCACAAUGAAUGACGAAGCCCCCACCAGAAUUAUGGGCACCUGUAAUAGCUCGACUGAUAUUACAAUCGCUUGCGGGGGUCUGAUAAAUACCUUAACCUGACGACCUAUGCUAACUCUCGCAUCAGACCAUCUUUGUCUGGAUCGGAAAACCUCUUGACUUUAUAUCUGUGGUAUCCGUAACUUCAAAAAAAGAUAUGUGGGUCGGCUUCACAGAAUUUACCGAUAACACCUUCAAACAAUGCCCAUUCAUACAGACAUAACCGUUGGCGAACGUCAAUUCCGAAAGGUGAAUACCGCUGCUACUGCUCGUUUCAUACCCGGAUGCCGGAAGAAUUGCAAAUAUGCGCCCGAAUUUCCCGGCUGAAGCGGCAGUUUUAGCAAAUGAGCGUAACUCCUUACGCCAGGUCGAUCCCUGUGAUCCCCGCAUAAGGGAUCUCAAUUUGGAGAUUCGACAACUAGUAAACAACUAUAAGCGGACGAAAUGGGUAUUGCACUUGAAGUCCUGCAAUCUUUCUACUGGAGUCUGGGCAACCGUCAAAUCCUUGUCAAACCCGAGGAGACGUGACGACCGGGUUGAAAUUCAAUUCGGUAGCCAUGCCUCCUCCGACCCGGAGUGGUGCGCGAGCUAUUUUAGCAGAAAAUUUAUACUGCACCCCCCGGUUGACAAUGCUAAAAGACGUGUCACCAGACGGCUGCGCAAAAUGCGAAACAACUGCGCGCCACUUGUUUUCACCAGUGGGGAGAUUCAGGAUGUCAUCAGGAAGAGUAAGUCCUCCAAAGCCAUCGGCCCAGACGGAAUCAAUUCUCUGAUGUUAAAACCUAGGUUCAACGGGAGUAGAAUAUCUCACCAAGGUACUCAAUUUGUCGGUAACCACUCUUAAAAUACCCGAUAUGUGGAAAAUCGGAAGAGUUGUUCCACUACUGAGACUUAGGAAACCCGCCAACCAAAGGGAGUCUUAUCGCCCGAUAACUUUCCUUUCCCCAGUAGUGAAAACACUUGAGGCCAUGCUGUUCCUCCAUGUUGACGAAGGAAUACAGACUACAUCUUAAUAUUCACGUCGAUUGCGCACCAAUACCGACUGUGAAUAAUCCCAAGAUUUUGGGUGUCACAUUUGACAAUCUGCACUCCUUCACUCCACACACGACCGUGAUAAUCACUAAAGUACAGAGCCGCAACAAAAUUCUCAAGUCGCUAGGCAGUGGCACUUGGGGAAAGGAUAAAGAAACGUUACUUACAAGGCUAUCGGCCGGCCGAUCGUAAAUUACGCAACACCGGUAUGGUCGCUUGGAUGCAGCAGCACACAGCAAUGGAAGAUACAGAACACCGUAUGCCGGUCAGCAACAGGAUGCCUCUUGAUGUCAACCGAAGCACAUUUGUAAAAACAAUGUAAUGAAGUGUUAGUGUAUAAUAAGAGCAUUAUAUAAAUUAAAAGUUAACUAAUAAUCGAAAAAUCGCCACCUAAAAUUUUCAACUUAAAAUGCGAAUAUUUCGAAAACUAUAAGUUUAUAUUCGUAAUCUGGAGAUCCUCCUAUAUCCAACCAUCCCUAUUUCAGCCCUGAAAUCGGAGAAUACCGUAUUAAAGUUUCCCCAAUUAUUGAACCACACAUUUUUAAAUAAAUAAAACGAAAAAUAUGAGUUUUCUAAAGCUAAAAGAUGGAAUUGAAGACUGUAAAUGCGAUGUACGCAAAAAGGAUGAAACCAGGGAAUAUGUAAAUAAUUGUUAAAUAGAAUAUCUUGCCUUAAAUUCUAAUUAAUUUUCCAUACAGAUAUUUCAAACCUCAUACGGCGCGUUAAAGUUUCGCAACCUAGUUGGUGUCACUUAUGGUAGCAGCGUAGAACUCUUGAAGGGAUAGGAAUAUGUGCUGCAAGCAAAUCCAGAAUUAUGGACGCAAACCCUGCUACAUCGAACACAAAUCAUUUACACACCAGAUAUUAGGUUGAAUGUCACAUUUUUGCGUGCAAUUAAACCAAUAUGUCAACACAUACACGUGAAUAAUUGGAACGAUAUUGUUUAGGUGCUUUUGUAACCCCUUAUUUUUUGACUUACCGGCACCUCAGUUGGCCGUACCCCUAGCAGCUAAAACACAGAAAUCAGAGGAUAAAUUUAAGUGAAUGUUUGUGAUCAUAAAAAUUUAAAAACUUCUUGUAUGUUUAUUUAGGAGGACCUUUUUGAUUCAUUUUCACCUUGUAUUGAGGGAUCAUAACGUUGUAGCAUUGCUUUACAUGGAUUAACCGAAAUUAGUUCAAUGGAAUUACUACAGCAAGAGUAUGGAUGUUAGACUAGAACGUCGCCCAUGCUAGAUUUAGAAUUUCUGAAGCAUAAGAAACCAUCUUCCCAGAAAUUGGAUGAUUCUAGUACUAGUGAAAUUGAUGAAAGAACAGAUCCUACAAAAACUCCUAAAGAAACCAAAAAAGUCCUCAACUCAAAAAAGUGUUCAACUAUUUAAUACUAUUGUGACGAACAUGUAUGCUAGAAUAAACUAGAAUCAACAACGAAAUCGAUAACUUGCCAGAUUUAUCCAGACAUCGAUAUUCGUAGUUGCCAGACUGUUCGAGUGACGAUAACUUGCUAACAAUCGGGUAUAUAAGGGCUGCCGGACUGGCAGCAACACACAAUUCUAAUCAGAGAGUUGUCGAGUAAAGUGCACGAAAUUAGAAGUAAGAAGUUGUAAACUUUUACAACAACUAAUAAAGUGUUAAGUUUGUUAAAUUAGAAAUAAAGAUAAGUGUAUAACCAUUAAA